AGAAAUUGAAGAAGAUAAAAAAUCAUAUAUGUAGAAACUGUUUAACCGUCUGCUCAUGUUAUUCACCAGCUUGUAUCCAUCUUACUCAUAUUCUAAUGAUAAUAAGAAUACAAUAAUGUUCAGCCUACCACCCCCUUACAUUAUUAUAAAGGUCAUAUGUUUUAAUUGUUGGUUACAGAAGAAGGAUAAAUACAGGUUGUUGUUGUUUUGUCUUUUUAUUUGAUUUACUACUUAUACAAUUGUAGUAACUUGAUUUAUGUCACUUUACACUUCAUACAAAAGUAUAAUCAUAAAUUUUAUCAACGUACACUGGAACUCAAAUUACAAUCAAUUUAUAUUGACUAUUUAGUACAGAGUAUCAAUCAAUUGUAAUCAGUUCUAUUACAUAAUAAUCAUGGGUAUGAUAACAACUAAUGUAUUAGAAGAAUCUUUAAGUUUUGGACCUUUACCAACAGGUUUAAUGAUAGCUGAACCAGCAUAUUUAAUUGCACAAACAACAACAGAUCGAUUAUCUGAAUUACCAACAAUCUAUGCUGAUCCUAAACGAUUAUCUGAUCCAAUACGUCUUAUUGAAUGGGUAUGUAAUCUACGUUGUGCUAGAUGUCCAAGUGAACAAAAUAUGGAAUUAAUUUAUUGUCAUCAAUUAAGUCAAUCAUUCUAUCGAACAACACGUAGAAUUGAAGCUGGUGAAGAAUUAUUAAUUUGGUUUCGAAGACAAGAUUUACAACCAUUAGUUACAGAAUACUUGAAUAAUUUGUAUAUUUCAGAAGCAUGGAUAGGACAUACAGUAAAAGCAACGGAUUUAUUACAGAAAGAUUAUGAACAAUUUGUAAAUCCACAUAAAUCUUUCAAUACAGAAUAUUGCAAAUUUCAAUGUUCCAAAUGUCAUGAUGAAUUCACUUACAUUUAUCCAUAUAUAUCACAUUGUUUAUUUAAAUGUCAAAAACAAACUAUCAUUCAAAGUAUUCAAUGGUUUAAUCAUCAUAGAUUCAUAGAAUCAAAGGAGUUUCCUAUUGAAUUAACUAAUAAAUAUACAUAUCAAAAAAAUAUCGAUUUAUUAUUACAUAACAAUAUGAAUAUACCAUUAAAUCAGAACAAAUUAGAUCAUCAUGAGAAGAACACAAUUGAAAAUGAUGAUGAUGAUGAUUAUGAUGUUGAUGAUGAUGAUGAUGAUGAUGGUAAUGAUAAUGAUACACAAGUAACGAUUGAAACUAGAUCCAAUAAAAUAGAGAAUCAAUUACAGAAGGUGGGAAAUAUUGGGAAAAUGAAUGAAUUAACAUCUAUGAAAAAUUUCAGUUCAUUACAUAGAAAAUAUUUACAUAGAAUUCAAUCUAACCAUAAAAUUGUCAAACCUUUUAAAACAUUAAAACAAACUACUUAUAUAGAUAAUAGUAGUGAUAAUUUGUAUACUAAAAAAUCUAAAUUAAAAACUACGUUAUUACCAUUAAAAUCUCGUAAUCCAUUAGUUGAACAAUUAUUACAAACAAUCAUGUCACAUAAAAUAGAUUCAAAUGUUGAAAAUAAUUCAUCCAAUCUAAUUUCAAAUAUGACAUUAUCAUUAAAAAAGCCAAUAUCAUCAACAUCAUCAUCGACGACGAUGGCAACAAUGACACUGACAACAACAAUAACAACAACAUCACCAACAUCACCGUUAAUAAGUAGUUUAGCAUUAGCACAAAAUUGGUGUGCACGUUGUUUUAUUACAUUUCGUUUAACUAGUGAUUUAGUACAUCAUAUGCGUACAUGUCAUAAUCAAGGUAGUAAAUAUUCUAAUGUAAAAGAUCGUUUAGUAUCACAUCAUAAAACAAUAAAUACAACUGAUUUAAUCAAUAAGAGAAAACAGUUAAGCAAUGAGAACGAUGAUAAUAAUGAAAUGGGUUUAUUACACUGUAAUGGGCAAUCAUCCAUAUCAUCAUUGACAACGGUUAGAACAUCACCACAAAUCACAAUAACAACAGCGACGACAACGACGACGACGACGACAACACCAACAGUACUAUCUUAUUGUUCAACAUUAAACAAACCAAUUUGUUCUUUAUGUGGUGAACAAUUUAAAGAAAAACAUCAUUUAACUAGACAUAUGCUAUCACAUACAUAAAAAAUAAGUAGUUUAUUAAAAUUUGGUAUCAAUAUUUUGUUACUUCAAUAUGAUAGUUACUUGAAUUAUCACCAUUUUCCAUAUUGAUCUGUGAAUACUAACAAGUUAUUAUUAUGAUUAGUAUUAGUGAUGUACAAACACUGGACGUGAUGAUUUAUUUCUAUUCCUAUUCAGUUAUUGCUUUCA